AAAAAAACACUCCGCUGUUCGAUUUGCCAGCGUCGACUGUCAAAACAAAGAGCAUCGAACGAAGAGGAGAAAACUCGAUCUGCGAAAAGUUUACCUUUUACAUCUCAUACUGUUUUUUUGUCAUUGGUGGCCAUCAGCCAGCUCCGAAAAGAUUCCCCCCAUUAUAAACUUUAAUUUCGUAGACCGGAGAAGAAUCGUGCGAAGCAAAAUUAUACCGUGCAAAGGUAGAAGUGCAGCAAACUAGUGAAGUUCCUGCUGCAUCUUCCGAGUCUGAUUUGUGGCGAACAACUAGUUUGUUUUUUUUUCUUUCAUUUACGGUGGGUACCCGAUUUGCAUUUCACAUACGGAUCCUUUCUCUUACGUGUGGAAAAAAUAUGGAUCGAAGCAUUGGCCGACAGGGACCGAUGAUGUCCCCGGGAAUGUCCAGGCGGCCAGGUGGCGGAAUGCCACCCAGAGAUAACUACCAAUCACAUUCGUACCAUCAGCAGCAGCAAUCCAGUCCACAUCAACAUCACCAUCAAUCCAAUCAAUCUCAGCAGCAGCAGCAGCAACAACAACAAUAUCAGCAACAUCAACAACAACAUCAGCAGCAGCAGCAGCAGCAACAUCAACAACAGCAGCAGCAAAGUUCAAGCCAACCCCAGCACUCCCAGCACGACGAGCUGAUACGAUACAUUCACGAAGCAUGGAAUAGCAUUACUCAAGACAAAAAUCAAACGCCGCCAGUAUUCUACAAAAGUGUACCUGAACCGCGGCUAGCCGGUUUCACACCGUUCGAUUUGGAAGCCUGGUGGGGUCGGCGGUUGGUUCACAAGAUCAACAUUUCCACCCAUGGUCAUCAGUAAAUGCUGUUUAGUUGCGGAAAACAAAAUCUUGAAAAAAAAAAGAUUACUGUGCGCGUACACCAAAAUUUUCUGGUGGAAACGUUCAGUAGUCUACAGUUGAGAGUUUUUGGGGGACUGGGAUACGUAUCGGAAACAUAGACAAACACACCCACAUAAACACAUACACACACAUGAACACUACACAUACAAUUGAUUUGCAAGGUCGCCGUUAAACGAGGUUAAAUUAGUAAACCAGCAAUCAUAAAAAAAAACAAAACUCACUCCUACAAAAAACUGGAACACUUCGUUGCUACAAACUUUCAGAGAAACAUUUUCAACCUAUGCUUUUAUGAAAUUUACUGUCACAGAAGAUUUAUUUUAAAUUUGUGUUUUAGGUAUUGGGAACUAUCUAAAUUAUGCUAAUGAUUGGAAAACAAAAUAUAGGUCGACGUAUCAUAAACAAAAUAAAAACAAAUUCCAUAACGAUAUGAUAAUGGUGAUCUUAAAUUUCAACCAAUGUCUUUUUACAAUCUUUUAUGUAACAACUGUGUAAGAAAUAAUUGUGAAUAUCUCAACUCAGAAGACAACACAAAACAAACAAUAAAAAGUUCAUUUUUCCUUUUUAUUUCCGUUUCUUAAAAUUUAUUAUUUAUCUCCAGCUCGUCUCUAUGAUGUUUGAUGAAGCGAUCAAUGAAUUAUUACUACGUAUUAAUUGAAUAUGUAAUAAAUAGAAUGAGCAAACAUAGUACGUUUCCUGAUGAACA